AUGGCUUGUCUCUUACAGUUUGUUUUGUUUGCUAUCUUUGUUGUCUCAGCAUUAAUCCCUCCACCUUGUUAUGUCCACGGUAUAAUAAGCUGCAUUGAAACUGAAAGGAUAGCCCUUCUCAGUAUUAAAGCAGGCAUUGUUCAGAGUAACAACCAAAGCUUGUUCUUCUCUUCUUGGACUGGCCAAGACUGUUGCAAAUGGAAAGGAGUGGGAUGCAACAAUGAAUCCUGGCAUGUCAUCAAGCUUGAUCUCCAACGGUACCUUUCUCAUAUCUCUGAUCACUCUCACCUGCCACCAAGUAAGUUGAACUCUUCUCUCAUUCAGCUUCAUCAUUUAAAGUACUUGGAUUUGAGCAUGAACAACUUCAACGACUCACCCAUCCCAGACUUCAUUGGCUCUCUUACCAACCUUGAGUAUCUUAACCUCUCUUUUACUGGAUUCAGUGGGAUCAUUCCUCAUACCUUUGGAAACCUAUCACGCUUGCGUUACCUUGAUCUUAGCUCACAUAUUGAACUUUACUUUCCACAAGAAAAUAAAUUCCAGUGGCUGUGGCUGUCUGGAACUGGAAUGAGUUCAAAUGACCUCCACUGGCUCUCUGGAAUGAGUUCCUUGAGUCACCUUGACUUGAGUGGAGUGGACCUUUCUAACGUGCAUGGUUGGUUUCAUGACAUCAAUACGCUCCCUUCUCUUCUUGUCUUGAAACUCACUCAUUCUAAACUCCUAGUAGGUGGUAUUCAUGAUACUGCUCUGCUUCAUUAUCUCAACUUCACAUCCCUUCGUGUGCUCGAUCUCUCUCAGAAUUAUCACCUGAAUAUCACUCUGCCUCAAUGGUUGUUCCAUCUCACUAGCCUUGUUCAUCUUGAUCUCAAUGGUUGUGCUCUGUAUGGCAAGUUACCAGUCACCAUUAGUAACUUGAGUAGUUUAAGAAUCUUGAGUUUGUUUGAUAACAAUUUUGAUGGAGUGAUUCCAGAGUCCUUGGUGUACUUUGGUUUGUCUAAUAAUAAGAUUGGAAAGCUGCCAAAGAACAUAGGGAGGCUGCAGAAGUUGGAGAUGUUUGAUUUGUCCGGAAACCAGCUUCAGGGAUUGAUGCCUGCAAGUUGGAGAUCUAAGAAGCCUGAAAUACUUGAUUUUGAUGGGGCUAAUAACAAUUUCUGGGGCAAAUUGCCUGAAACUAUAGGGAACCUUGUUCACUUUCAGUUUCUAGAAUUGUCCCAAAAUGCGAUAAGUGGAAAGUUGCCAGAGAGUUUUGGAAAUCUUAGCCAGUAG